CGGUGAUUGACAAAAAAGCACACGGGGCGCUGUUGUGAGCGUGGUUCCGUGUUAUAUUUAGAGGGGUUUUACGUUGUUAUAGGCGUAGCCCCAAGAAAAACUUAUACGGAGAAGAAGAGAGUCUUUCAAGAGGAGGUGAGAGGAUGUCGUCGAACGCGGCCUCCGGGGCCGGAUCUAGCGCGAGCGAGUCCAAUGGGAGUAGCCAAGGAAGCCAGCAGACCGACAACAAGAGUGAGGAGAAGCACAACAAGACCUUGACCCCCAAGGCCUCAAAGUCACUCAGCACCAGCGCCAAAAGGAUUCAGAAGGAGCUGGCGGAGAUUACACUGGACCCGCCGCCCAACUGUAGUGCAGGGCCCAAGGGCGACAACCUGUACGAAUGGGUGUCCACCAUCCUGGGGCCGCCGGGCUCUGUGUACGAGGGAGGCGUCUUCUUCCUCGACAUUCACUUCUCGUCAGAGUACCCCUUCAAACCGCCAAAGGUCACAUUCAAGACGCGCAUCUACCACUGCAACAUCAACAGUCAGGGCGUCAUCUGCUUGGACAUCCUGAAGGACAACUGGUCGCCAGCGCUGACCAUCUCCAAGGUGCUGCUUUCCAUCUGCUCGCUGCUGACCGACUGCAAUCCAGCCGACCCUCUGGUGGGCAGUAUCGCCACUCAAUACCUGCAGAACCGCGAGGAACACGACAGAGUGGCGCGCCAGUGGACGCAGCGAUACGCCACGUGAUGUGGCCGUCCGGCUACUGGCUAUGUGGUGCAGCAUC